UAAAUCAUGUCAAGAUCGAAUAAAUACUUAGUUACGCAAUAUGGAUAUUAGUAGAUUGGAAAGUGAUCUGGUCCGAAGGCUAGAUAUCUUCCUGAUGGCGUUCGGGUGUAUAUCUCAAGUUAUCAAAUAUCUCGACCAGCAAAACAUCAGCAACGCUUAUGUUUCAGGGAUGAAGGAAGACCUUCAGCUGAACGGCAACGAGCUCAACUAUUUCACUACAUACUUCAGCGUCGCAUACUGUAUCAUGUUAAUCCCGUCUCAAAUUAUCCUGACCUACGUACGACCAAGUUACUGGCUUUCUGGAUUGGAGUUAUGCUGGGGCGUUAUAACGGGACUUAUUGCUCUUGUUCGUAACGCGAAACAAGUAUAUAUCCUUCGCGUAUUCUUAGGAAUCUGCGAGAGUUCAGCUUGGCCGGGAAUGAUGACACUAUUUAUGCAUUGGUAUACGCCUUCGGAACUCGCUAAGAGAAUGGGAUUCUAUCAUUCUUGCCAAGCAUUAGGCUCUAUGAUGUCUGGGGCAUUACAAGUUGCUAUCAUUGAUACCCUUCACAAUGCGAACGGCAUAGCGGGAUGGCGUUGGCUUUUUAUCAUCAACGGAAUCAUGACAGUAGUCGUGGGAGCCUUGGGUUUCUUUUUGUUACCCGAUCUACCGAAUCGUGUCAACCCGAGGGCAUUCUGGUUUAAAAAGGAACACGCAAAACUCGCAAUGGAGCGGUUGGAACGCCACGGCAGAGCGGAACCGAAAAAGAUGACUUGGGCAGGUGCAAAACGUACCUUCGGCAAUUGGGUGACUUAUUUUAUCCCAGUCUUAUACAUCGCGACGGUGCUAGCGCCCUGGGGAUAUGCUUACUUGAAUCUAUUCUUGAAAAGCUUGAAGAAUCCUGACGGCACGCCUGUCUGGACUAUUUCUCAGGUUAAUGCCAUUCCAAUUGGUGGUGGCGCCAUAAACGUCGUCUUUGUGUGGAUUUGGGCCAUACUAUCGGAUCUCUUGAGGACGCGAUGGACUUUGAUCCUACUACAGGCUAUUAUCGGCCUUGUCCCAUGCAUUGCUAUGAGCGUCUGGACUUCUCAUCCUGACACAACCCCAUUAGCUACGGCGUAUGCUAGUUACUUUAUCUCGUAUUUAACAUUGGGGACUGCACCCCUGAUCAUGGCUUGGCUUUCUGAUCUAUUGCCACAAGAUCCUGAGGCUAGAUCACUUGUUGUUGGAGUUGCUAUCGCGGCGUACUAUGCGGUGUCGGCGUGGAGUCAAGUCCUCGUUUGGCCUGCUAUCCAGGCCCCCUAUUAUGAAUACGGUUGGCAAUCUUCUAUCGCCCUUUGGAUUUUGGUCAUCAUAAUGACCUGCGUCCUUCGGUAUAUUGACUUUAAGUAUCUGCUACCACGGCGAGAAGAGUUCCAGGCAACUUUGAUAGUAGGCUCGAAACCACAAAGUCCAGAACCGGCCGACCCUGAGCUGGAUGUCGGACAUAGCUCCAAAUCACCGAAGUCCAUUUCAACAGUUGCUGGAAAUAACGGUGCAACAUGCUUAUGAAUAUCAGAAAGGAAGUAUGCAAAUAAGUGAAAGCUAGUGUGCAUAAGUGGAAGAAGCAAGUUGUUCAAGUUACCAUCUACCAUUGCCAACCAUUAUUACAGACAAACCGAAAGGGGCAAGGCAUGACACAAGUUGGUUAAACCAAAGAUUUAAUCUAGUUUGAUAUUAUAGUAGAAACAAAAUAAACAAAAUAAACUUGGAGUAAGAUUGCUUUAGCAAAAAUAGAAUUCGGGGACAUUACC